CUGCAACUUGGAGUUUAAUCAUGAGGAGCUUCCACAAUCCUUUCCAGGAGAACCCAACACCUUGCUAGCCUCACCUGUGCGAUCUGUUGAGAAAUCUGUGAAAAUAUCAUGUUAGCCACGAUGGGAGACAAGACAUCCUUGGGGAAAUAACAUACCUGUGCAACUCCAGGUCCUCCUGGAUCCUUCCCCUUUUUUGUUUUGCCGUGUGAUGGAUUACCAGCCGACUGCACUCAUUUGGAUCUGACUGAUAAAAAAAUCUUGGACUUGUUUCGCUAAAAGCCUCGGAGGUCUUACUUCUACCAAGUUCACGUUAACUGGGACUCACCUCAGGUCCAACCAUGGCUCUGAUGCCGAUUAAGUUUGAUCUGAAAAAGCGAGUGAAGCUCGCCCAGUCAGUCUGGUUCAUGUUCUGGUUUGCCGUUAUGGCUGGAGUGCUGGUCUUUAGCUUGGGCCUGUUUUUUAAGAUAGAGUUACGAAAGCGUUCAGAGUUGAUGGACAACAAUGAGAGUCACUUCCUGCCCAACUUGUUGAUUCUAGUGGGCCUGAUAGCCUGCGGCAUCAAUGCUCUUGGCGGCAAGAUAUGCUACGACUCAUUGGAUCCGACCAAAUUUGUCAAGUGGAAGCCCAUGUUGAAGACCUUCCUGAUAGGCUGCGUGGGCUUCAAUUGCCUGCUGAUCUUUACCUCGCUUCUGUGCUUUUUGAUGCGAAUCCCACUGCAGUUCACCCUGGCCGACGGUCUGAAGAAUGGAAUGAGGUUCUACAAGGAUACAGACACUCCCGGCCGCUGCUACAUGAAAAGAACCCUGGACAUGAUGCAGAUUGAGUUCCGCUGCUGUGGAAACGACAACUACAGAGACUGGUUUGAGAUCCAGUGGAUCAGCAACCGCUACCUGGACUUCAGCUCCAAGGAGGUCAAAGAUCGCAUUGGCAGCAACGUGGAUGGUCAGUAUCUGAUGGAUGGCGUUCCCUUCAGCUGUUGCAACCCAUCGUCCCCUCGGCCGUGCAUCCAGCUGCAGAUGACCAACAACUCAGCCCACUACAGCUACGACCACUACACAGAGGAGCUCAAUGUGUGGAAGCGCGGCUGCCGUGAAGCUCUACUCUCCUACUACGGUGGCUUGAUGAACACCAUCGGAGCACUGGUGCUGCUGGUCACCAUGCUGGAGAUUGGAGUGACGAUUGGCCUCCAGUACGUCAACAGCUCCCUGUCUACACUGUCGAACCCUGAGGACCCGGAAAGUGAGAGUGAGGGCUGGCUCCUGGAGAAGACGGUGAAGGAGACGUUCACUGACAUCAUGGCCAAAAUGAAGGCCAUGAGCAAAGGCAGCAAGGUGGGGGAGGGUGAAGAAGCCCCUGCUGAGAGUUGAACCAACAACUCAAGAACCCAAACUGUCAGCAUUGCCUGUUAAGGAGGAAGACCAAUCCUUUCUGCCAGAAAUUACAAAAGGCUGUGGACAUUUUUAACUAAUUCAUCUAAAGUGAAAUCUAAAAGCAUAGUGACAAUAAGACGAGGAGUUGUAACUUUCUUUCUGUGUUAUUCCCUUGAUGAUGUUAUGGUUGUCAAACAACGUGAUGUUACAGAAAUACGGAUGGUAUAGUCAAAGGACAAACAUUGAAAUUGCUGUUAGGAAAGAUGCUAAUGGAAAAACUUGCUUUAAGAGGAUGCAAUUCUGUUUCUAUAAUACGAGUGUGGUUUAGGUGGUCUCUUGUUGGCAGGUGCUGGGCCUAAACCUGCAGCUUUCCGGCUGCUGUCAGAUGUCUUAAGGUUCUGAUCAAAUUCACACUUCAUCUGAAUUGUGAAUGUUCUGCAGAAAAACACGAGCAAACUCAGCUUUUAAUGUUAGCAGGAAGCGGAAAGUUCAAAAGUGUUUCUGAAGAGGGUCACUGAUGUGGAAAAACUGAAAUCUUGAAUUUAAAAAUAGCUCCAUAAUUCCAUGAUUCUCAGUCUAUAAAAGUUAUGAGGACACAUUACAGGCGUUAAGUUCACGUUACUUCAGGUGCAUGUAAAUAAUCGAAGUUGGCAUCAUUUUUAACUUGAGUCUUUUAAAGGUGCAAAACAUUUUGCACUUUCUUCUUUGGCUGGAAUGAAUGUGCAAUUUAGUGAUUAUUUAGCAGGUUCUGUUCGGAGAAAAUGCAAGUUAAUGCAUUAACCAGUCCCUAUGAAAUGUUUGAAAUGAUUGUUUGAGUGCUGACGGCUGCACGGACAUUUUGUCUCAGUAACAAGCACUGUCGAGAGAAUGGACGAUUGGCCCCGUGUCUUUUGUGAUUAUGCUGACAACAUGUCAAUUAAAUAACAUUGUUUCAGCGCUGUCCUGUGUUUUGCUGGAUGACAUCACAGGUUUGCAUUUCUUCGAAUUCACUAUGUGGCAAACCAGGAAAUGACGCGGAGCAUGCCUCCAACACUUUUCAAAAUGAAUCGCACGUAAAUUCUGGGCCAUCUGUGUGCUAUGAGGUACCUGCAGUCUUCUACACACUAACCAGUUACAGUGAGUCCAUCAAUGUCGACACCAUAUCUUUGUUGGCAUCAGAAAGUUAGCAUCAUCCAUCCAUGGUUUUUCUUUGCUAUUUUGCUAUACUGUAUAUUUUCACUUAGUUUAUGCUUUUAUGAAUAACAUGGAGGAAGAUGACGUAGGCAAAGUCUGUGUAAUAGGGACCGUAUUUUCAGUCAAACUUUGAAGUUCUGCACAAAGUUUUAAGCUCUUUUUUUACCUCUAAAAGUAAACAGAUUCUAUCCCCCGAAUGGAAAAUUCAAAACCCGAGUUGAAAGAGGGCUUUCUCAAUAUCACAUUACUCGGAAGCUUUCAAAGUGAUGACUUUUGAGACAAAUUAUUGCAAGAAUCUGUCUCUGAAUCAUGUAAGGAUGAGUUUGACACAUCCUUGUUUUAAGAACAUAAACAUACAUUUGUAAAAACACACCAAAUUGUAAUGUAUAUUAACUCACAUCUGUUCUUUAUAUCUUUCCGAGGAUGAUCUCCAGAGAUUGUAAUAAGCCAGGCCAAAAAUUGAGGCAAAUGUACGAGUGAGCCCAAAGUUUGGGCAGAAGGAGUGAAUUUGGCAGCUAAGUCUCGGCUCUCUGCCCCUGGCCCAGAUCAAUGUUCCAGAUGAUCGGUACCUGUACAUUGUGUAUAUUCCAACCACUGUCUUUGUACAUAGUGUAGUAAUACUUGAGACUUUUUUUUUAAAAAAACACUGUUAUUAUUCAAAAUCUUCCAUUUCUUUUUUUUUCGGAAUUAUAUUUUUUUCCGAAGGACUGUGUGCGUAGAUACUGACGAGGUUGUGUAAAUGAAAGCAGAGCAUGUACAAAUGAAUAAAGGAUUUUAGCAACUCCA